AUUCAUUCCUGCUCUCCUGUGCCUCCUGUAUCGUAUGAAUGGAGAAGCUGGGUUCCCUGGAACCUGAAGCCCCCUUGCAGGGUACAGGGCCCGUUGCUGGGGUUUCUGUUGCUGACACAGCAGGGGCUGACCAAGACGAGGCAGCACCGGUCAGUUCCAGACUUUUCCGCUGUGCAUAUGUGAGACGUUUGCUGCCACUAGCCUACAGAGAAGAACUCUACCAUGUUUUACGGCUCACAGGACCACUGUUGAUGUCAAGGAUCCUUUACUUUCUUCUACCAUUUGUUAUCACCAUAUUCUGUGGUCACAUUGGCAAUGCCGAACUGGCUGGAUAUGCGCUGGCCUCAGCGGUCAUUAAUGUCAGCAUCCUUGCAACAGGCUACGGCCUCUCGGUUGCUUGUGAUACACUUAUUUCUCAGACGUAUGGCAGCAAGAACUUCAAACGUGUAGGAGUCAUUCUCCAAAGGAGUAUGCUGAUCCUGCUGCUCUUUUGUCUACCCUGCUGGGGUCUCCUGAUUAAUAUGGAGAACUUACUACUUAUUCUACACCAGAAGCAUGAAGUGGCAAGAAUUGCCCAGAUCUACUUAACGGCAUUUGUACCUGCAGUUCCAGCUAUGUUCUUACAUCACCUGCAGGUUACUUACCUUCAAAAUCAAGGGAUCAUUCUACCUCAGAUGUUCACAGCAGCAGCAGCAAACAUUGUGAACUUGGCUUUCAACUACAUCCUAAUCAUCUAUCUUGAGUUGGGCGUGAAUGGAUCAGCAAUUUCGAACAGCAUCUCACAGAUCACCAUCUGUCUGCUGUUGUUUGGUUACAUCCGAUGGAAGAAGCUUCAUCAGGAAACGUGGGAAGGCUGGUCUACCGAGUGUCUGCAGGAGUGGGGUUCCUAUAUGAAGAUAGCUGUUCCUAGUGUAUUUAUGAUCUGCUUUGAAUGGUGGGUCUGGGACAUUGGAGGUUUCCUUGCUGGUGUACUUGGAGAGGUGGACCUUGCUGCCCAGCAUGUGUUGAUGGAAGCAGGAGCCAUUGCAUACAUGUUGCCUCUAGGCAUCCACGCAGCGGCCUGUGUGCGUGUUGGUAAUGCUCUUGGUGCCGGGGAUUCUGACAGGGCCAUAGUCACCUGUAAAGUGUCCCUAGUUGUGACAGGAGUGUUUUCUGUGGUAAUGGGUAUUUUCAUCGCCAGCUCCAAGUCUGUCAUCGGCUGCAUAUUUACCUCUGACGUCGACAUUGUGGAGAUAGUGUCACAGAACCUCACUCUGUACACAUUUUUACAGUUCUUCGAUGCGCUUUUGUGUGUCUGCUCAGGGAUUCUUGUGGGGAGUGGGAUGCAGAAAAUUGCAGCUUUGUCCAACCUGGUGUCUUAUUACUGCGUUGCUCUGCCUGUGGGAAUAGCUCUGAUGUUUGCUGCCCAGCUCAGAAUAUUAGGCUUGUGGGUGGGUCUUUUUAUCAGCUGUGUCCUUCAGACAGCUCUCUAUCUAUUUCUAAUCUACAAACUCAACUGGGAGAAACUCACACUGAAGGCCCAAAAACAUGCUGGAAUGAUGGUACUGGCACGAUCAAAGGGUCCUUCUAUUGCAGUAUUGAGUGAAACUGCAACGUCUGGUAUUUGUGAUGGGCCAAACAUACAGGAAAGUAAUGAAGCUGCUAAAUCAAAUGGCUACAAUCGUGUCGACACCCAGGAUCAGGAACUGAAAGCGGAUCCUGAGGGCAGCAAUGUGGAUGCAAGAAGCUUUAAAGGGGACUGUGAACAAAACAAAAAUAUCUCAAACACCAAACCUCCAGCUCUGCUGUCUGUCAGUCAGCUGAUCCUGAGACGGGGGCUCACUGUCAUGGUUUUAGUUCUCAUGCUGGCCAUCUGUGUCACUGUUCAUAUUGCUUUUCCUGCACCAGAACCUCCUGCACAAAACACAAGUAACUUUAUGCUACACUGGACCAACAACUCCAUUCCAGCAACAUCUCCACUACUGGACCUGACCCUGACCUUUGAGCAACCUUUGACCUCUGAGUGGACAGUAGCUGAUUAGUUUAUUUCUUAAGAUUAUCCCGCCCAUUUCUAUAGAAUUCGCAUUUUCCUUUUUACAGUUAGGAAUAGCGAUUGUUGUAUUUUUUAAACACAGGGUGUGUGAGGGGCCCAGUCAUAUACGUAUGAUGCACUGAUGUAUUUAUACAUCGAUCUUUGGA